AUGUUGCCAAAGACGACAAUCCUUUUCACUCUCCACCUCUUCUGGUUGGCGACCGGUGUCCCGAGACCGCCAGGUGAAGAGCAAGAUACAAAUGCAUUUGUAACUGAUUUUGAUGCUCUGAUUGUGGGUGGUGGACCAGCAGGACUGGCCGCACUAAGCGCUCUUGGUCGCGUACGACGAACGGCAUUGUUGAUAGACUCGGGCGAAUAUCGCAACAGCCCUACACGACGUAUACAUGAUGUCGCCGGGUUUGACGGUGUGACUGCGGCAUAUUUCCGAUGGUCGGCUCGUCAACAGAUUCUUCAUUACAAAACAGUUGACGCGGUGAACGGCACGGUAACGAGUAUCCGAUCCAAGGCGAACAACACCUACUUUAUCGCCACGACCGAGACUGCUAAAGGCUCAACCUCGACUUACACAGCUCGGAAGAUUAUCAUUGCCACUGGACUGCGUGAUCUUCUCCCCCCUACCCCAGGACUACAAGAGAAUUUCGGCAAAGGCAUCUACUGGUGUCCGUGGUGUGACGGCCAUGAACACGCAGAUCAGCCACUUGGAAUUUUGGGCCCUUAUGACAAGACGGUAGAGGCCGUGGCCGAAGUAGCCCAUCUGAAUAGCGACAUAAUCAUCUUCGCAAAUGGCACCGAUACAUAUGAAAAUCGGGUCCGCGCCGACGCAGCCUUCGCGGAAAACUCGUCUGCAUAUCUCGAUAAGCGGCGCGUCAAAGUGGACAAUCGGACGGUGACACGGAUCACCAGAUUGCGAGAUGGUGAAGACCCCAAUAGGGACCCUUCCCUACCAACUGCGCCCGAGUACGACUUAUUCAGCGUCGAAUUUGACACUGGCUCUCCCGCCGAACGUGGCGUUCUGCUUACCACCUUUGCAUACGAACAGCGAUCAAGUAUAGGUGAGAGGCUAGGUUUGGAGACAAGAAAUGGCAAGCUAGUAGUUGAUGAAGAUAUGCGCACCAGUGUUCCAGGGGUGUACGCCGUAGGUGACGCAAAUUCCGACAUACGCACCAACGUUUUGCACGCGCUGCACUCUGGAAAGUCGGCGGCUGUACAUCUUCACAGUAAGUCAGAUUUGCGAGUUAUGUUUAGGCACAACAUCCUGAAACAAUUUGAAGACUAA